AUGGGCCCCUGUGAUGGUGCGCUAUUGCUCCUGUUGCCCUGCUUGAUUUUUGCUCAACUCAGCACUGUGUCUGAACUUGGGGGCAUCUCCAGCCUGGAGUACACAUCAGCACCCCUUCUUACGACCUCAAAUACCAGCAUCAUAACAGGGAAGAGCCUCUCCCCCAGCAUCCUGCCCACCAGUCAGGGUCCUACCCCAACUGUAAAAGUGAACGUGGAGGAGGACUGGUCUGCUGCAGAGAAUUACCUCUACACAGGAGAUACCUCCUCUUUGGCUUCCUCUACCUGUACACAGCCUUUCCAGCUGCCAAUUCUGAGGGGAGCUCCACCUAGAGACCUUCCCCCUCUCUUGAAUCAAGCCAUAGGAUCACUGACCAAUGCUGCCAACUUCCUCAACUUGAUAUUCCAAGCUAGUGAGCUUAGAGAAACGAGUGUGAGAGAGGAUAUUGAGUGGUACCAUGCACUGGUCCGGGCCAUGCUCGAAGGGCACAGACCAGGCCUGGUCAGACAAGCUUUUCUGACUUUUGAUGCAGACCCCAUUAUCCAGCAGCCCCAACUGGUGCUCCGUGCCUCCAAGGGCUCAGCACAGGACAUUCUCCUGCAAGACCUCACUGCUGCCUGGAGUGGGUUCCUUCCUCCAGCCCCAGACCAGGGCUGGUUUAACACAUUCAAGUCCAGCUCCCCACCACUCCAUGCCAUGUCUAAACGGGUUUUGCUAAAUGAUCUAAGCACCCUAGAUACUCCCAAGUGGGCACGUGGGGACAGUUACGUGAUCAAUAGCAGUGGGGUCCACUGGGGCGAAGCACCUUUCCUUGAGUGUGAAGGUGGCCGUUUUUUGCCAGGAUGGCUCAUUAGCCUCUCCAUGCCGUUUUACGGGCUGAAGCCAGACCUCCGCCCAGAGUUCAGAGGUGUGGUCCGUGUCGACGUGAACAUCCAGGGAUUCAAUAUGGAUCAGUGUGCCAUUGGAAACUUCUGGUUUGCAAACACACACCAGUGUAAUCGUACCAGUAUGGAGUGCGAGCCAAUCCCACAACAGGGUUUCCGGAUGGGUCAGUACUGCUGCCGAUGUAAAAAGGGCUACUACAGCCCAGUUCCAGACAUAAGACACAAAAUGGGCAGCCGUGUGAAUGGUACCCGAGCUUGUUACCCUGAUGUCCCUGUGUGUCUACCCUGUUGGCCUGGCUGUGCUCAGUGUGAGGAUGGGACCCCGUGUUGGGUGCAAGAAGACUGGCUCCUCAGAGCAGGUGUUCUGGCUGUGCAGGGUCUCUUUAUGGUCCUUGUGGUUAUCAGCAUGCUAGUGGCAUAUCAGUGCAGAAGAACCAAGCGGAUCCGGUCGUCAGGGCUUUUGCUGUUGGAAAUGAUCCUGUGUGGUUCUUUGUUGCUGUACUUCCCGGUCUUCAUUCUGUACUUCAAACCCAGUACUUUCCGGUGCAUUCUUCUCCGCUGGGUCCGUCUGCUGGGUUUUGCCAUUGUUUAUGGAACUGUGACACUCAAGAUGUACCGAGUCCUGAAAGUGUUCCUCUCACGAACAGCCCAGAGAGUGCCAUACAUCACUACCACAGGUGUGCUGAGGAUGCUGGGAGUCAUAGUGCUAACUGUCAGCUGGUUUCUGUGUGCAUGGACAGUGGGUGUCCUGCAAAAUCGAGACCGGAAUGUUCCAUUACUUAUCAUAUCCACCACCUCAGAAGGACAGGGCUUCAACGUUUGCGACCUGGACCGGUGGGACUACAUGAUGGCUGUGGCGGAGCUGUUGUUUCUUUGCUGGGGCAGUUUCCUCUGCAGUGCAGCGAAGACGGUACCCUCAGCAUUUCAUGAACCACGUUACAUAAGCAUCGCUAUCCACAAUGAGCUACUGCUGUCCUCCUUGUUUCAUGUUCUCAGAUUUGUCACACCAUCACUUCAUCCUGAUUGGAUGCUCUUGCUGUUCUUUACGCACACGCAUGUCACAAUUACAGUAACACUCGGCCUGCUCUUCAUACCAAAGUUUCUACACAUGUCACGGCCGGGCCGGGAGGAAAUCGCUGCAGAGGUAUAUGAGGAUGAGGUGGACCUGCGGCGCUCAUGCUCUUAUCUCAACAGCAGUUUCACCUCUAACUGCUGGAGCGAUCACAGUCUGGACCCCGAUGACAUUCGGGAUGAGCUGAAGAAACUAUAUUCUCAGCUGGAGGUUCACAAGACCAAGAGGAUGACAAACAACAACCCCCAUCUGCCAAAGAAGCGCAGCUCUCGUCUCAGUAUAGGACGCUCCCUCAUUAAACGAAUCACUGAGAUCCCAGAAAGUUUAAGCAGACAAUGCAGCCGUGAAGACAAGGACAUCAGUGCUUCCAUAGGAACUAUAACCCGAACAGGAUCUUAUUACAAAAGUCAUCAAACCACAAGCAUUAAUAUGAUGAAUGAAAUUUUAAUGCAGCCCUCCCCAAAGCUUCGAAAGUCCCAUAGUGCAUAUGACUGUACCCCAGAGAGAGACGUCUCCCUAUUAAACGCCUCCAUAAGAAGCACAACAGACAGGCGGGCUUCACAGCAUUCUGACGCAGGAUCCAUCAAUACAACAUUACUGGUAUGCAAGUCUGCCAGUGCCCACAAUCUAACAGUAGACACUAACCUUCUACUUCCUGAGCCCACUAGGUUUCAAAAGUCACUUAGCGUCAUAGAAUGCAAUGAUCAUCGCUCUCUGACUCAAUGUAGAAGCAUUGAAAAUGUCUCACUUCCUGGCAAAGCAACCCCAGCAGAAAAGCCCCAGCAAACCGUAGAUGUCAGCAUAAAGAAGCAGACUUCAAGUGCCUUGCUCUCAGAGUCAUUUGACAAGGCAGAGGUCUGCCCGUGGGAGGUUCCAGAGGAGCUUUCCACAAACAAGAAUCAAAAACAUGUCACAUAUUCUCUUUCAAAUCAAGAAGAACCCAAAUCCCCUGAUGCCAAAUCGUCACCAACGCUAUUAUAUGUCUGUCCAUGGGAAUACUUCCCACCUCCUACUCCCCCUGCAACAGAAACUGGGAAUGGAAUACAAGCAGAUGUUGAUUGCACAAAACCCAAGCCUCCGAUCUCCAGUAGUGCUCCAGUGUCUCCACAUACAAUCUCCAGCAAGCCAAAGGAGAUUCGUGUUUUCUCUUUCCGCUCAGCUACCCAAAGCCUUCUUGUGGCAAAGGGCAUGGAAGAGAUUGGAAGAAGCAUGAGAAGAGAGAAAAGCCUCCAAGAAAGCAAUGUUAAGGAGGGGAUGCUACAAAAAUCCCAGUCCACAUCCAUGAGACUGUCCCCAGGGAGAGCAGUGUUAGACAAACACACCCCGCUGACACAAAGACGGGCUAUGACUACCAUUGGUACUAAACCUUGCCUUGUGAAACAAGCAGCAAUACGGCUGCCAUCAACAGAUUCUCCUGAGAGGAGCCCUAAACAUACUGCUCCUGUUCAUAUCUGCCCAUGGGAGUCAGAGGGGCUGAUCUUGGAGGUCAAGAAGCAGAUUGUGAAUGAAAAUGUAUUACAAAGACAAUACAGUGACAAGCAAACACAAUCUGUGACACUAUGUAAUGAUAGCUACAACCCCCCUAGUUUCCAACUUAAAUCUUUAUUGGCUAUUCCAAAUACAGAGGUAUGUCCAUGGGAUGUUCCAAAAUCUUUUCAUCAAACCAGCAUUUCUGAAGUUUGUCCUUGGGAGGUUGUGGAACCAGAACCAUCGCAAACCAAAAGCAUCUGUACUGAUGUUUGUCCAUGGGAAACAGAUUGCAACGAAACAAGGGACACUGAAGAUGGUACACUUAAUAACACUGUUGGGGUGUUGGAUGUACAAAAGCAGGCAAAUGUGAAGCAUGAAGUAUGUCCUUUGAAUGUACUAGACACAAAUACAUCUCAGGUUAGACUGAACUCCACCAAAACCCCUAGUGACACAAUAAAACCCGGUGAAAGGAUAAUUUAUGUUCAUGCAGGACAAAGUUCAAUAGACCAAGAAACAUUUCAGGGUGAUGCACAUUCAAGUGAAACACAAAAACAAGAAGAAAGUGAUUUUCCUGAACCACCUCCACCUGUAACUGACAUAAAUCCUUGGGAUUCAGAGGCUAACACAAAGACACCCUCUUUACAUGAGACAAUUACUAAAAAAGCAACUGUAUAUCCAUGGGAAUUAGAGGACUCUGAGAGGUCAGAAGGGAUGGAAAAUGCCAAGAACAAGGGGCCAAUGAAAUUAGGACAAAAAGAAAGUGUUCUUGCUGAUGUUUGUCCAUGGGAGACAAGUGAACCAGUCAAAACGUUGCAGAAACAGGAAAGUGUUCAUGCAGAUGUUUGUCCAUGGGAAACUGAAACAAGUGAACCAGCAAAGACCUUGCAGAAACAAGAGAGUGUCCGAGCAGAUGUUUGUCCAUGGGAGACAAGUGAACCAGCAAAGACCUUGCAGAAACAAGAGAGUGUCCGAGCAGAUGUUUGUCCAUGGGAGACAAGUGAGCCAGCAAAUACCUUGCAGAAGCAAGAUAGUGUCCGUGCAGAUGUUUGUCCAUGGGAGACAAGUGAGACAGCAAAGACCUUGCAGAAGCAAGAGAGUGUCCGUACAGAUGUUUGUCCAUGGGAGACAAGUGAGACAACAAAGAUCUUGCAGAAGCAAGAUAGUGUCCGUGCAGAUGUUUGUCCAUGGGAGACAAGUGAGACAGCAAAGACCUUGCAGAAGCAAGAGAGUGUUCGAGCAGAUGUUUGUCCAUGGGAGACAAGUGAGACAACAAAGAUCUUGCAGAAGCAAGAGAGUGUCUGUGCAGAUAUUUGUCCAUGGGAGACAAGUGAUCCAGCAAAGACCUUGCAGAAACAAGAGAGUGUCCGAGCAGAUGUUUGUCCAUGGGAGACAAGUGAGACAGCAAAGACCUUGCAGAAACAAGAGAGUGUCCGAGCAGAUGUUUGUCCAUGGGAGACAAGUGAUCCAGCAAAGACCUUGCAGAAACAAGAGAGUGUCCGAGCAGAUGUUUGUCCAUGGGAGACAAGUGAUCCAGCAAAGACCUUGCAGAAACAAGAGAGUGUCCGAGCAGAUGUUUGUCCAUGGGAGACAAGUGAGACAGCAAAGACCUUGCAGAAACAAGAGAGUGUCCGAGCAAAACCAUCACCCAAACAAUCUGUCUCACAAGAUACCCAUGCUGUCACAUCUGUCUGUCCCUGGGAAAAUUACAUGGAAACAACAGCAAAAACAGAAGGAAUCAUUAGUCAAAUUCCCACAGAGCAGGGAGACAUAGAUGCAAUACAGCCUGCAGAAGAUAUGAGGGUUAACACUCCGCUGGCUCGGCGUGACGCAUUGUGCCCUUGGGGAAUGGAGGGGGGCAGACAAGGAUCUAUAACAGUGCAUGAUAAUUCAGAUGUCUUCACUUGGGAGGAGACCGUACCAGAGGAAGAUGAUGAUGAUGCAGAAACAGCUGCGGAGGCCUUCAUCUUCCCUCCAGACUUAUGAACUGAGAGGGCAAUAUCAUUGUGCUUUAUUUAACAUGAAAGACUUGUGACAAAAUGGACCAAUGGUCACACAUUUAAGCUAAUGAAGAAUUUCCCUCCCUGCCACCAGCACACUGUAAUGAUGAUUAUUUAAAAAAGAUUACACCUAUGGCAAAUUUCUCUCUACCUUAUCAGCUUUAUAAGCAGUAUGUGAAGACUAUGGCUUCAAGACAGAGACUGCUCUCCUGUGCACAUUUCCCUUUGGCCUUACAUUAACUUGAACCCCUCAUUUAAUUUGGUAUUGUUUUGUGUCUGUGUUCGUAUGGCUAUGUAGAUUGUUUAAGUAUUGUAUUUGAAAACCUGCAUCAC